CACACACACACACACGGAAACACAGGCAGUUGACUGGUGUCCUCAUCCCGCUCUGAUCCACGACCACUGCCGAAGUCUGGCAGUCGCAGCAUCCCGAAGGAGAAAGAGAAGGCGGACCCGUCCACGCGCUGUCCUCCGCACUCGCACCCGUGGAAAGUGUCUCUCGUCCGCCGACCAAUUUGGAAGUUUGUAGCGAGAGAGCGAACUUCUUACGUCGUCACGCGGCACUGACAAGGAGGUUGAUGGACCUCCACCGCCCCUUCAAGAUGGACAGCCCCUCCUACCUUCCUGCUCCCCUCGCUUCCCCCGCCCUCAUGGUCCUCGCCUCCACUGCCGAGGCCGGCCGAGACGCCUCUGUCCCCUGCCAGGCGCCCAGACCCUUCGGGGUCCCUGCCUCGGUGGAGAAAGACCUCCACCUCCCCUUCCCCUCGGCCUCCUACACCUUCGCCUCCAUGUAUCAGCGCCAGGGCCCCAUGUCGGGCGCCUUCCCCGGCCGAGAUUUCCCAGCCUCCCUGCUCCACCUGCACCCCCCGUUCACCCCGCCCAACCUGGACUGCUCCACUUUAGGCGUGCUCAACCACAGCGGGGUAGCCGGCGCCUUUCGGCCCUUCUCGUCCGCUCAUGACGAGAGGGAAUCCAUGGGCUACCACUCGGCCUUCACACCGGCCAAGAGGCUGAAAGGUUGCUUCUCGGCAGGGGAGGGAAAGGAGUUUGACUUUGGCUCUCCCGGAGGCUCGCUGAAAGCCGGAGAAGACUCGGGGAGGAAGUUGUUCUCCAUGUCCGGCCUGCUGUCUGAUGGUGAGACCUCGUCCAGCCCGGAGGAGCGUAAGGAGCACAGCAAGGUGAAGGUUCUGUAUGAUGCUGGGGCUCCAGUUUGUCCAGUGUGUCAAAGCGUUCUGCGACCGGGAGAGCUGCAAGACCACAUGGAGCAGGAGUUGACCAAGCUCAGCCAGCUUCAAAUCAGUAUCACCCCUGUGCAGCACGACCACGUCAUGAGGACGCCAAAGGCUCUUUCUUUUUCUCUGCACAUCAAACGGGAAGGAGGCUCACCGAGCUCACCCAACCGACCGGCUGACGACACCCACUCUGACCGUUAUCAGACCUUUCUCCGUGUGCGGGCCAACAGACACACGAGACUAAACGUCGACGACCUCUGCUGGUGCAGGUGCUACGUCAAAUCUGCCCCAUUACGCCCCCACAGCGCAGGAGCCCAUCUAGACUGCACACAAGCUGUCAGGAUCAGCAAACUGAAGAGGAGGAAACCAGACGACAUUCAGGAGGUCCCUGCAGACACCACACCAUCGGAGGAUGAGUGGAACGAGAGGAGGAAGAUACAGAUGAUGUCGCUGGUCGGAGGGUUCAAAGGGGCCAUGUUGGUGAGCAGCACAUCGAAAGAAGGGCGGGACAGCGACGCCGACCUGGACGUGGACGGAGACGACACCUUAGAGUACGGCCGAGCCCAAUACACAGAGACAGAUGUGAUCAUGUGCUCUGGUGAAAACAUCAAGGAGUCGACAGCCAACGGCAGCAUAAUGCCCGACCCCGGAGUCCACAGAGAAAUUUCCAAAUGGUGCAGUGAGGAGAGUCCUUCCACCAGCACUUGCGACAAAGUGGACGCCCUCCCGAAAACCUGCAAAAACAUGAACACAGACAUGCUCCCAGAAGACUGCACGCCGACGUCCCUGGAUGCUCUUAAAGCUCGGAUACGAGAUUUAGAGAAACAGUUGUGUAAAGGAGACAGAUUUAAAUGCCUCAUCUGCAUGGACACGUACACCACCCCGCUGACCUCCAUCCAAUGCUGGCAUGUUCAUUGUGAGGAGUGUUGGCUCCGAACGCUGGGAGCGAAGAAGCUGUGCCCUCAAUGCAACACCAUCACCUCUCCUGGAGACCUGAGGAGAGUCUACCUGUGACGCCGGGACCACCAUGAGGGCUGGACUUGUGAGCAGCUGGCCUGACUCCCACCCUCGUUCUCACCUUGGACCUACUUUUUAGUCAGAGCAGCCUCCCUCAGUGACUCCUAAACCAUUUCCUGCAACCUGAUUGGUGGAUUAAGCGAACAACGAGACGAUAUUUAUCAAUUUUAUAACCCUUUUGUGUGUUUUAUGAGGAAUAGAAGCACAUGUAUAUAGUUUUUUUGUGUUUGGUGUUUGUAUAUUGACUGUACAGUUUGUCUUUAGCUGCUCCUGCGUCCACACUAACUUCUUCGUCCGUGUUACCAAAAUAAAAGAUGUGGCCCAAAAAAGGAGGCUUGAGGUUGUACUAUAUUGCUGAUGGAGAUGUAACGACUUUUCAAGAAGUGGGUCGCUGCGGGAUUAGCAGGGUGGAGCCAAGCGCGGCUCUACCGGAGCUAAAUCUCAAUACUCGCGGCUUUUACUUUGAAAGA